CCAGGUGAGUCCGGGCCAGACGAGCGCUCACCACUCUGGCCAGAGUCAUGAGAGUCCAGGCUCUGCUGCCCAUCCUGCUCCUCUGCGUUCUGCUGCUGCAGGCCCGAGGAGGGCAACACAGCCAGAAGACGAACCAUCUCAAAGCUAAAGCCUGUACGAAGCGGCCCACGGAGUUUACUUGUGGGAACCACUGUUCAUACUUCCAGCACUGUCCACAAAAUACCAUAUGCUGUUCAACCUUCUGCGGGAACAUUUGCAUGAGUGUCCUGUGAGUCAGAGAGCCUGGGGCCUUGCAUCUUGCCCCCCCAGCCAUCUCCGCAGACACUGUGCCUGCGGCUGAAGAUAAGGACCUGACCCUGGACACAAGGAUGUCAACAGGAAUGCCACCCUGUCCAGCCAGUAUCUGAACAACCUGUCCCUGUCAAAUAAACCAGAACGAAUGUGGAAGGACCUGCCUAGUUCACUCCCAGUGCCUGUGAUCAUGGAGAACCCAGCACAGACCCCAGAGGGCCCUUGCCUUUCUG